AUGAUUGGAGUUAACAACGGUGGUGUUACUUUAAAGAUUUGGAGACAUUACCUGUAUAGUGUUCACGGUUAUGUAUUCACUGACCAUAAGAGCUUAAAGUAUGUGUUCACUCAAAAGGAUUUAAAUCUUUUCCAAAGGAUGUGGCUCGAGUUGUUGAAGAAUUAUGACAUGACUGUCCCAUAUCAUCUCAAAAAAGUGAAUAUGGUAAUGAAUGCUCUUAGUCCAUUUUUGAUGGGUAGUGUUGCUCAUGUUGAGGAUGAUAAGAAGGAGUUGGUUCAUGAUGUGCAUAAAUUUUUCCGAAUGGGUGUUCAUUUUGUUGAUUCUAAUGAAGGUGGUGUACUUGCUCAUAAUGGUUUGAAAUUAUCUUUUGCAUCAGAUAUAAUGGCUAAGCAUGACCUUGAUAUGAUUAUGGUUGAAUUGAAGAAGUCAAUUCCGACAAAUCCAUCAAGGCUUUUUUCUAAUAGGGAGAUAGUGCCCCUCGAUAUCAAGGUCAGUUAUGUAUUGUGA